GCUAAACACGCUCAAACAAUACACCGACGAAGCAACGAAGAUAUUACCACAAUUGCAGAAAUCCUUCAUACCAGUAGACCCUCAACCUACCCAACUCAUCCCUCGACACCGCACUAUAUCAUUCUGCAAGCCUUCCCUACCAUGGCUCCCAUCACAGCCGCGUCCGACGAGAAGACGCACCAAGCUCUCCUCGACAAACUCGACAUCUACGCCAUCCCCAAGCCCUUCCGCAACCCUCACUGGAAGCCCCCGCAACGCCGCAACAAAAACGUCAAACAAAUCCUCGCCGACGCGACACGCAAGGAAGCCUCCGUCAUGGCCACCCAGAACAACAGCGGCAUGUCCACGCCCGUCCUGCCGCAUUCCGAAGCCCUCACCGGAGGCGCCGGUACGCCCGUCGAAAGUAGCCGGCGACCGCCCAAUAUUGCCCAAGCGACCCAGAGCCUCAGCACGCUUGUGCUGGAGAGGAACACGAAAGCGGCGCUGAAUAGCGUGGCGAAUGGCCCGGCGCCUACGUACAUGAAUAUCGAAUCGGCGCCGAGUUUCCAUCCCAGCGGGCAGAGGAGGUACUGCGAUAUCACGGGGUUGCCGGCGCCGUAUACGGAUCCGAAGACGAGGCUGAGGUAUCAUGACAAGGAGGUGUUUGGCGCGAUCAGGACGAUGCCGCAGAAUGCCGUGGAAGGGUAUCUGGCAGCUCGAGGGGCACAUACAGUGCUGAAGUGAGGGAGAAUGUGGUAUGGAGAGGGAAUACUAAAUAUAAUGCUCGGGAACACGCAUGCCACUGGCAGCAAGGCUUCGUCGGGAUGCAUCAGAAGCUUCACCUGGUGGUACUCAAAGGACAGGGAAUCUGGUAUUGCUACAUAAGAAGAGCAGCGCACGCCGGGUCGAGCUGGCAGGGGGAACUCAAAGAGGAUGUAGGACCAACAAAGUCAAGCGCUCUCCACCCACCAAGCCCCUCUCGAGGCAAGGUUCAAGAAGGCGCUCCGGCUUAAUCGUGAUCGCAGUUUCUUCUUCGCCCGUUAAUAAGAAGACGGGGGUACCAGGAGCGCACUGUGAAGCGAUCCUAGUUACAGCAGGAAGAAGCGCAUGCUGUCGUCGGGGCGAGAUCUACAGUAUCUAUUGAGUAGGACAAAA